ACAAUCACGUGACACGCAGCUGUAGCGUGCAGAUGAGCAUGCACAGUAGUGGGCAGCGGCAUGUCGGACGGUGUUGUACAGCAGAAAGAUACUACCUUCACGAAAAUUUUUGUGGGCGGCCUUCCGUACCACACAACGGACAAAUCUUUGCGACAGUUUUUCGAGUCUUUUGGUGAAAUCGAAGAAGCUGUUGUUAUUACAGAUCGCCAAACUGGAAAGAGCAGAGGAUAUGGUUUCGUAACGAUGGUGGACCGCGACGCGGCGGAGCGUGCGGUGAAGGACGCAAACCCUAUAAUUGACGGUCGGAAAGCGAAUGUCAACCUGGCCUACUUGGGGGCCAAGCCCCGCGCCAACGCUCAAAACGGUAAGCUCCUCCGGCGCCGGGUCGCUGCUGCCCCAUACCUCCUCUGCUACCAUCUGCCCCGAUUCCCACUCUCGGUGAGGGCAAGCUAUCCCACACUUCUUCCUAGUCAGUAUGCUGGGCUGCCUCACCAAUACAUGUACCCGUCCACCUACUUGCCGACACCAGGCCUGAUCCUGCCCUCACAGCCGCCCCUGUCCCCGGCCACUUUCUACGAUUACGCCCCGGCCUAUGCUCAGGGACCCCAGGGGGUCCGUACAGGUGCUACAGGAGCCGAACUGGCCUACCCCUUCUCGGCCAGCCCCUCUGCAGCGAUGGCCGCUGCGGCCGCUGCUCCCUACCUAACACCCCAAGGUGCUGCCGCAGCUGCGGCUGCAUACUACACGUUGCCCCAGCCUCUGGCCACGACGGGAGCUACUAGCAGUCUGGCUGGAGCCCCGCCGCCCUAUGGUGCUCAAGCGCAAGACACCAGGCUACAAUAGGGGUUUCUGCUAAGUUUACCCUAAAGAGCGUAUACCACUUUCGGGAAAUUGGGAGGGGGGGGAUAUUAUUAAGUCACAAGUACUCAAGCAUUGCAACGUUUCGUCAAACGGUGUACCUCGAUGUGAAGUGUCACUCGUUAACAAGAAUGGGGAGGGUAAAGCUCAUAAAUGACCAUGGCAGUAGUGGAACUUUUUUUCUUUUUUUUUCCCAAGAUCUGUGUUUCCAGCCAAUGGACUUAUAAGGUAAUUGCAGUGGAUCAGUGAUGCCUGUGCUGUUCAGUGUACUGAGAGCCUCGCAGAGCGCACAGGAAAUUUGAGCCUCUGAUUGAAGGCACCACUUAGCAUUUACCACUGAAGAGAUGCUGCUCUGUUUGGAAAGGGGCAAAAGUUUCAGGGCUCUCAAAUGAACACCUGUAUGUGGCUAUACACAAAUAUCAAAAACACACACACACACCCACGUACCUUGUUAAAAUGACUGUCAUUACGGUAUUGCUCUUUCUGUUUGAAAUGCUCUCAAGUUUAUGAUCUGUGCUUUGUUAAAGAAACCAAUGGAAACUAAUUUAAGUUCACUUUCCUGUUACUCUUGUUACCAUUUGUUCAAAAUUUUGUUGCCAUCACUGUGCCUUUCCCGCGGAGAGGGCAGGGGGACAGAAGAGAGGGGGUUUACUGAGCACAGAAUGUAUGCAGCAGCAUCCCUGUUGAAUCAUUCAUACAAUGUUGCAAAUCUCACUUUAUGUACACGCAGUUAAGUGUUUUGCCUCUGUGGCUUUGUGUUGCGCAGUGCCUUGUCCAGACAUCCCUUAUUGAGCUCACUUCGUAUAUACUACAAUGUUUAGAGCAUCAUGUGCACGCAUCAUUGUGAUAUAUAACCUGACCCCAGUGUAUCAUACACAGUCUUGUUAACGUCGCCUGUAAACAUGUGACCGAGGGCACGAGCUUUCUCGAGCCAUCAAAACACGAGAGAGAGAGCAAAGGGAGAGGUCUCUCUCAUCACAUGACAUGAAUCAUCUGGGUCACGUCCAUAACGUCCACCGAUUAGCAUUAGCGUAGUAGUCAAACAUCAUCCACAGAGCCUCUUGUGAUUGUAACUUUUUAUUUAUCCAUAUUUAUUUUUUAUUUAUACCAUCUAUACUACACCACGUGAUUAGUCGGCCUUGGUGUCUUGUCGUAGCGUACCUCCAACUGGGGCAGAAAGAUUGGGAGCAUACAGGAGAUGCAUUCUAAAUUGUGCCUUGCGAUGUUCCACAAAUUCCAUUUUUGCAAGCGCAGCUUUGACUUAAGCUAGGUUCUUUCAUUUUAAAUGUUUCUCGCAUUACCCGCUCGUAUCUCGCAGGUGUCAUCACAUGUGCAACCAGGUCGAUUUCAUUGCACCAUCGUUACCUUGUUAUGUAAGCGUUGUUUUUAUUGUGGACGUCUUGCUAAAGUUAGGACUCUUGUGUCCUGCCCGAUAAAAAUUCCCCGAUAAAAAGGAAAAAAAAAAAAAAAUUAUGACGCUCAAAAUUGCAGUAACUCGUGCCUUAUGUUAGACUGUCUCCGAGCUUUUUGAGCAUUUACAUAGUUCCUCUGUGGCUGCAGUAAGGCACUGCUCGAAUUACAUUUCACUCAGCAUGCACAUGUGUUCAGUGCAAUGUGAUGCACAAUCGGCUUGGAGGGCAUCUAGUCAUAUCCCAGAGGAAAUGUGGUCGUGCUGUGGAGGUGCACUCAGCAGGGUGAAGCUCCGGAGUAAGCACUCUGAUCGGAGUGGGUCCACCCACAGGAGCCAUUUUUCUUGCGUGAGCCAAAGACAAUCAUCUUCGUGGAAGGUGACCACGAAUGAGCAACUUGCAAAACUGGCCGGUAUCAUGAGAGUGCUCCCGUGAGUCAGUGGUGGUGGUGGUGGUAUUGAUCAGUGUGCAGCGCUCAUUUUUCUUUGUAUAAAGACUGGGCAUGUACUUUUUUGAAGACUAUUUCGUGUGAAAUGUCCAAUGUGCCUCAAUGCCACCCGUCGACCGGCAAGAGUUGUUGCAUUCAAGUUGUGCCAUGUUUUUUCUUGUGCUUACACUGUGUACUUAAAUAUUCAUUGUGGAAUUCCGGCCAACAAACUGACUUGUAAUUAUGAGACCACUUUUUUUAUGUAAACAUGCAUCAGCAGCUGGAUUAGUCAUGACAGCUCACUCUAAUCGACCUGAUUGUGAUAUGUACUCCAAGUUGUAUCAUAAUAAAACUCUUAGCGUAAA